UCUCUGUGCGUCGGAGAAGCACGGAGAUCGCCAUCAAUGGAGGAAGAGAAAGCGGCGGCUUACUACGACGAGCUCACGCGGAAGGGCGAAGGAGCCGCGCGGUUCAAGCAAGGGCUCGGCUUCUCCGCCUCCGGUGGCUCGGCUCCUCCCGCCAGAGGAUCGGCCUUCGUCUCCGCGUCCUCUGCGUCGUCCUCCUCCUCCUCCUCCUUCCUGAGCAGCUUCGUGAGAGCGUCGAGCCCUACCAAGACCUCGCGGCUCGAGAAGCAAUCUCAGCUCGAGUCGAUCCAGAAUAAGCUCAGGAAGAGGCCGGACGACGCCGAUAGGCAGCGGUCUAGGGUUUCGGAUCGAAGCGAGCGAGGAGAUCGUGGAAGCCGGAGGCACCGGUCGAGGAGUGCGGAGAGGGAGAGGCGGUCGAGGAGGAGAAGCCGUAGCAGUGAUGGCGAUAGGUACAGAGACAAGGACAGGGACAGGGACAGGGACAGGGAUAGGGAGAGAGAUAGGGACCGGAGGAGGAGAAGUAGGAGCGGGAGCAGAAGCGCGUCGCCGCGGAGAUCCGGGAGGGCGCGGGGCGCGUCUCCUCGGGAGAGGCGGAGGCCGGAGAAGAGUAGGAGCGGUUACGGAGAGAAAACGGAAACGGAACGAUCAGGGAAGGAGCAGAAUGGCGGUGGGAUGGCGGUUGAUUAUUCGCGGUUGAUCGAUGGAUACGAUGAGAUGACUGCAGCUGAAAAGGUUAAAGCCAAGAUGAAACUUCAGCUUGCUGAAACUGCUGAAAAAGAUGAAUCAAAUGGAAUGGGCCCCGGCUGGGAAAGAUUCGAGUUUGACAAAGAUGCUCCACUUGAUGAUGAGGAAAUCGAAGCUGCCGAAGAUGAUGCAGCCUUAGUCAAGCAUAUUGGGCAAAGCUUCCGUUUUUCGGCUGUAGAGGCAAGAAGGGAGGAACAGAUAAAGACUGCACAUGAUGAAGCCAUGUUUGGAUCUUCUCGUACUUUAUCAGUCGAAGAGCAGGAGCCCAAUGUGGAGAAUGAAAACAAGAGUGUUGAGAAUAUCCCUGUAGAAAGCCUUGUCAGUGAAAAGGUACUUGCUAGGCAACAAGGUUCAUGGCGUGACCGUGCUCGCAAAGCUUAAGUGAAGAAACAGGUUGAUGGAAGAAUCUAACCACCCUUUUUAUGGAAUUGUUGAGGAGAUGUGCUUUUGAAAACGGUGAAGAUCUUGAAAGGAAUGUGAUAGGCAACGUUAUGGGCGGCAUGGGCAUAGACUGGGAGAAUGACAAAAGUAUAUGCUCCCUCUUCAAUUCUCAAGAGUUGCACAAAGGAAUGAAGCUGCAUGGUCCUCGGUGUUUUAUCCCCCCGCUGCAAUUAUCCAGUGACCAUGACGAUAUUGGUUGGUGCUGUGAAGCUUCUUCGAGGUGCAAUCGUUGGUUGCAACCUGCAGAUAGUGUGAGUCGGCUGUCGUAUUGAAAUCUAACUUGGAAAUAUCGUUGUUUUAUGUGCGCUCCGUCUACAACUGACAAGGAAAUCUAGCCCUUGGCCUCAUGUUUUAUUUGUUUGCCUCCUGGAAAGUUUGUUUAUGUAUAGCCACCAGCCACCUUAUGUUC